AUGCGCAUGAUGUCAGAAUCUGAUAUUUCAAGCAAUGGGAACAUUGAGGCUCAAAAUUCAGGCCAAUUGAAUGGGUCAAAACGUUUUGAAUGGAUACCCACACAUAAGAUUAUUCCUGGUACCGUUAUUCGUGCAUUUCUACCGCUCAAGAAAUGCCCGGAACUCGUUUUAACCUCGAAUGAUUAUGCUGAUCUUUACCCCGGGGAUGAAGUUUUUGUUGUAGAGCAAACCAAGGAUGGGAAGUGGUGUCGAGGUUAUGUGAGCAAUGACUUGAUGCCCAUGGACUUUAUUAGUAACAUGAACAGUGAUUCAGAGGAAUUGCCUAAGCAGAAAAUUCAGCUGUUGAUCUUCCCCAGACGAUUUGUUCAUUUGGAUUUUGAUAAGAGAAUUGAGGAUUAUGAGUUCUUGAGAUUCCCUACUGAGGAGGAAUACGAGCAAGGUAACGAAAGUCAAGCUGCUAAGCUUCCAAGCUUGUAUAGGUUAAUGAAGACUUCCAAGACCUCGAGGUCGACCAGACCUGCGUAUCCUUACCACGUUGCAAAUUCCUACUCUUUGAAUAGAGAAAUUCUCUUGAGCUUGUUCAUUCUGACCAAGCAUAUCUACUACCUAUACUCUUUUGGAGCGUUUGAAGUUGUCGAGCAAAUGUCUAAAUUGUACUACAAGCUUGAUGCUGAAAGAAUUAGACUACAAGAGCAAUUCAUGACUAGCACUGAGAGAUCGGCGAUAAUAAAAAGUGUUCUUGCCCUAAUGAGCAAAAUACCAAAGCUAAUCGCCUCCCAAGCGCUGACCAAGAAGGCGGGAACCGUAAGGAAGAGUGAAGCGUUGGAUCCAGCUGGUUAUAGGGGUGUAUUGACCCGUAACGAAGAAACAGGGGAGCUAUUGACUAAUUCCGUGUCCCCACAGCACAUGGCAGCUAGUACAUCACUAUAUGCACUAACGACAAACUAUCCGGUUUCCAAUGUCAAUGAUUUGAAAUUGAAGCCCGAUGUAAACAACAAAUUUCACUCGUUCCCCCCAUCUCAAAUCUUAGUCGACUGCCAUGAAAUUAUUGGUAAGUUGAUAUCCGAUCAAAAAUCACAAGACCUCGUUGCUUAUUUGUACCUAAGAACAGCAAAAGAGGUGCUUACAGAGUCAUUUAUUAUCGACUUGAAGACGAUAAAAAAUAACUCGUUUGAGACGGUGUCAUCCGUUCUCUUCAGAAAUUUGCCUUACAAUAUCUGUGAAAAUAAUAAAGUUUACCUAGCUGUUGAGAUAAUUGAAAACACCAAAGUUAUUCUUGAUGAAAAUGGGGAACAGAAGAUUAUCAAACCUUUCGUUCCUUUCCAUGGAGCUGCUAAUGAUUCUGUCCAAGUUAUUAGACGUGGUGUUGUGGCAGGUGCCACUGAUAUUACACGUGUUUUUUCCAAGGGAAAAGGUUCUUUGGCAUCGGGUUAUGCCUAUAAUUUUAAAGUAGAGCUAUUGGCUUCUUUCUAUACUAACAAAGCAGGAGAGCCAGAGGACACUCCAGUCGAUUUAAGUGAUCCACAAAAGAUUGCUAAUUUAAUGAAAAACAAGAACAAAAUUUCCAAUAAAAACAACGGUUGGGGUGAUCUGAUUGACAGAAUUAUCAACGACUCCCAUACUGGUAUUGCAGUCACAUCUCAGAUAGAGAGUGUUUUGGUAUCCGUGAAAGAGAUUAAAAGUGAUUGCAACUUUCUUCAAACUAGUGUCGCAAACUCAACUGCUAUUACAACUGUUUAUCCGCAAUUCUACGACACUUUAUCUUCCUCGCAAUCUGAUAGGAUAUAUAUGACUCUUGACAAGGUAACCCUAUAUGGAAUCGAAAGUCAUAAAACCAAUAUCUCUAAUAUUACGAUUCAGGUUUCCUCAAACAAUGAGAACGUGACCUUCAGACGUAGUGGGGUAGAUAAUUACUAUAAAAGAUGGUCCUUUGUCUCUAUUAGGCCGGGUGAAUUAGUAAAUGAGACUAUAAGAAUUGAUGGUAUUGAUUCCAUGAGCAAAGAGGAAACACUACGUGUCUCUGCUUACUUAAAUGGUCGUUUGUUGGCGAAAUCAAGGUUCUAUGUUAAAAAGGGACGCCAAAUCCUUGAAUACAAGAGAAAGUCAGUAUUCCAACUUAUUUCUAGUUUGAGUAAACCUUUAGUAGAGAUUGAGGUUGGAACGACUUAUAUUGGAACUAACUUCAAUAUGGAUAAAACACUUCAUGGUUUGAUAUCGUUGCUACGAAAGAAUAAGUUUUCUGAAGAAGAAUUUGAGCCAAAAACAAUAGAAUUGUUGAAAGCCUUGAAAAUGGUUCCUCUAACACAAGUGACAAAAUACUUCGGUUCAACUCUUUUGACAUUAUUGGAACUUCUUCACUACAUCUGUUAUGUAAACAAGGCAAGGUAUUCAGAGGAACUAAAAAAAGCAAUAUUUACAGCGCUAGUACAAUUCCUAGACAUGAAUAUUGCUCGCCAUGACAAUUGUAAACAUUUAUUCAACGAUUUUGUUGAGGAAAUUGAAAGAGAAAAUGUUAAAUAUUUCCCAGAAUUGGGCCCUACUUUGGUCAAUAUGAUGUCGCAACAAUUCAAUUCAUCAAAAGAAUCUUGGACUUACGUUGGAAGAGCGUUGUGUCGUUCAUAUGUCUUGAUUUUAAGGCUUAGUAGACUAUUUUCUAAAGAUUUCGUUGGUUACCAUGAAGAAGUUGACGCAUUUUUCAGUUCACUAUGUGUGUUUUUCUCAGUGACAAAUGAUUCCGUUCUAGUUGAUCAGGUUGCUAUUUUGGAAUCAUAUGAUCUUGCUAUUAAUGAAUCUUCGGCAAUUUUCGAUGAUACCCAUUUAAUUCAGUUGAUUUCUAUGCUAUUCGAUGCCUGCCAAAAAAAGGAAGAUGCUACACAUUUUGGUCAAAGUGAUCAGUCCUCCAAAGAAAAAAGAUUCGUGAAUGCUAAGUUCCUACUAUUAAGAAGAAUAAUUCAAUGCUCCAAUUUGUCUUCUUUUUUCCAAGAUUCUACGGAAAAUGCAACAAGAUUAAACUUUUUGAAUCAGGUAAUUGGUUGGUGUUUUCAACCGCUCAUUAAACACAAUGAAACGCUUCCAGAUCUUACUAGUGUGAGUUUUGCGAAUGGUGUGCUAAUAUCUAUCAUAGAGGGAUGCGAAGAUGCCGUAUUCAAAAGAAACUUACUAAGGCUUUUGCCAGUGUUUUGUAGAGCGUUCCUAUUCUUAAGGAGAACCUGUGGGAAGCAAGACAAGUUCAGAUUCAAGAGAGUUUUUAAUCCGUUAUUCCCUACUUUUUACCCUCUAGCAGAAAUUACUGUUGAUUCCAUGGUCACUCACGAAAUUGUCGUUGAGGUAUUGCUAGAAAUGACAACAAUUAUUAUUGCACUUACAAGUAUAGCAGAAACGCUGUAUGGCUCUAACGCCUCGUUCAUCAAUAUAAUUGACGAAUGUAAAGAUGACGAACAUUUCCAAUCACCCUUAUUUAUUAAAAAGAUUGUGCGCGAGGAUUUGAUUAGUAUAUUUAGUACUAUCAGUCGGUUAAUAAAAGGAGAUUUUUACCCAUCAAAAAAGUGGUAUACCUUUACAGCCGCUACUAUGCGGGCAUGUAUGACAUUAGCAGAAAUGUGUCUAGAUGUUCUUCGAAUCUACUAUAUACCAGAAGAGUCUUCGACGAUCGAAAAUUUCGAUCAAAUUGUAUGGGGACGUUAUGCGAAGAUAGUUCUUUCUAUUGCUAACCACAAAACAGUAAACAGUACAGCAUUGAAUCCUUUAGCAAGAAAGGCGCUGUACUUGAUUGGAGAUGAUCUAAUAGGCAGAUCUGCACACGUAUUUGACCAAAUUUGGGAACUAUUGGGAAAUGAUACUAGCGGGUUCGAUAUUGAAAGUAAGUAUGGUAUCAAACGUUGUUCGAACUAUCAACUAACUCUUUUAUUGGGUACAAUGGAUAUGGUAUCGGACUUCUUUGUGUUUUCUUUGCUUCGCCAUGCAGAAGCUAGAAAAGUUGGAAGUAAAGUAAUUUGGACUACCUUGGUACUAAUAUGGAUUAAAGAAGAUUCUUUAACCGCAGCAAUUGAGGAGUUAACACCACAGUUUUUCAACGCCUAUCAAAAGGGAGCACUGAAGCCAUCGGUUCUGGAAGUAGAACUAUUCUUGGAUAGUCUUUUGUAUACCAUUCACUUGGAUGUUAAUGAUAGAAUGAAGGACAGUUUGUUUGAUUAUAUCCGUAUACUAAGAGAUUUCUUGACUGCGAUGGCGGAAACAGAGGAAAUUCCAUCUGGUCCUGAGUUCGACGAUGAUAGAACAGCAAAUCAAUUACAAAUAUUUGGGUAUUUGAUGUCAAUGAACAAACCUGAAAUGUUGCAUACCUUAGUUAAUGAUUUGUUCAUUAGUUAUAUGAGAAGAAAAGACUACAUCCAGGCAGCACUCUCACUAGAAUUGUUGGCAUUAACAUACGACUGGAAUCCGAAUGACUCUCUUCCUGCAACGAAAUAUCCACCUUUACCUCAACAAUCCUCUUUCGAACGUAGGGAGUAUUUGUAUAAGGAAGCAGCAAGGAACUUCACCAAGGGCUUAAAACUUGAAAAAGCUUUAACUGUAUACAAAGAUUUGGCAGAAGCGUAUGACAAAAUCAACUAUGAUUUAGAUGGUUUAUCAUUUGUCCAUGGCCAAAUAUCCAAUAUCUACACCGAUCUCCAAAAUGUUGAUAGAUUGGUGCCAAGUUACUUCAAAGUGUCAUUUUAUGGUUUUGGAUUUCCUAAGAAUCUGAGAGGCAAAACGUACAUUUUUGAAGGCCUACCAUUUGAGCACAUUACAUCAAUUCACAACAGACUCUUAAAGCUAUAUCCUGGUUCCAAACUUGUUAAUAGUUUUACAGAAGCAGAUAGGUUACUUGUGUCUCCACCAAAUGGUAAGUACAUCCAUGUUAUCAGUGUUGAACCGAAGCUAGAAAUAUCAGACGAAUAUGCUACAAGUGAAAAGAAAAACGAUAUCAAUAACAAGGUAAGGUCAUAUGUCGAAAAUAGAAACCUCAGAACCUUUAGUAGUUCCAGAAAAGUUGCUGGUACACAAGGAAUCACUGAUUUAUGGGUGAUAGAGUACAUCUUCGAGACAAAGUCAACAUUCCCAACCUUAAUGAACCGUUCCGAAGUUGUGAACAUAGGUGAAAAGAGAUUGUCUCCUAUCAGCAAUGCUAUAAAAUCUUUACAGCAAAAGAUUCAGGAAUUAAGCGGCCUAGAAGAUAUGUGCUACAAGCUCAUGAAGGAAAACGGAGACUGUUCCGAAAUAUUUUCAGAACUUUCAAGAAAUAUCUCAGGUACUAUCGAUGCUCCUAUCAAUGGGGGUAUAGCUGAAUACCGUGUCUUCUAUACUGAUGAAGAAACAAGAUCAAAGUUGCAAGAAUCUGAUGUGGAACUGCUAAUUGCUGCAUUUAAUGAAUUAACCAUCGUUCUAAACCGUUGUUUGGCACUACAUGGCCAGCUAUGUCCACCAUCUUUGACGAAAUCGCAUACAGUUUUACAGGAAUUGUUUAUCAGAAACUUUGAACGUGAAAUUCAAGCCUGCAACAUAAAUGUUAAUCAGACAAAAGAAGAGACUCAUUCCAGAAUCAAGCAAAUUCAAUCAACGCAAAGUAGCUUCUCAAAGAGAAAUACAAUGCUGAUGACUCCAUCCAUUAUUUCUGCAAGUCAUUCUAUCAGAUCAUCUGGAAGCAAUGGAAGUGCCGCUAGAGCAAGCAUGCCAGAAACCAGCGCUUCCUAUUCAUUGAGGUCAUCGAAAAGUAAUGCGAUCUCCCACACACUUUCCCAUGCUACUUCACAGGCAACAUCCCAAACUCCCUCUCAAGCGCCUUCUCAAUCAACGAGAAUUAUGAGACCAAAAAGCCACAUUAAUGCUCUCAGAAUGAAUCGUUGA